GGGGGGCCGACGGCCGGGGCGGCGGGGACACCCGGGGGUCCCGGGAGAUCGGGGGUGUCGGGGGGAUCGGUCUCCGGGAUCAAGGUCCUGAGGGCGAGAGUUGGGGGACUUGGGAGGCGCCGGCAGCUUUGGACGGGACAGGGUGCCGGGUGCGAAAGGGGACGUUCGGAUGAAGGCUGAGGGGCUCGCAGGCGGAGGGGCGCGGUUCCGGGUCGCUCGGAAGGAGCGCACCCCUUCCCAAAGUACCCGGAGGAGGCGGUGACGAGAUUGCCACCGGCUCCCUGACGAGGGGUUGGUCCUGCUGGGGUCUACCCCCAGGUGAAGGGACUCACUGGGCCGGGGGUUGUACUUUGGAGGAGUUUGCUUCCUAACUCUGCUUCCCUGCUUUCCUGUGGGGGGUCUUCCCAGGAGUUCUGGGGCCCUGGGUCACUUUUUGGGGUGCGUAAGGGGUGCCGAAAAAGAUUUAGAACUCGGUUCCCUUUUCUGGAGCUGCGCUUUCAUCGCGACUGUCUCAGCCAGCUGCCCUCCUCCUCCAAGCUGGCUCCACUUCUCUAAGCGCCAACAGCGAUGGAAAUAAAUAGCAUGUGUACAGACGCCUGGACCCUUGAGAAACUCAGAAUAUUUCUGCAUGCCUUCCUAGCUCCUCUAGCGCUCUAGAAGUUGGCAAAGGUGCCUUGGAAUUUGUGUCGCUGAGUCAGCAAGCCUUUCAGAUUUGCCCGGUUUUUGUUGUUUGUGGUUUGUAUCAAGAUGGGAACUCAAACAAGUCAUUCCUCCUAAGGAGCUGGUGUCUUCAUCCAGAAGGGACAGUUUGUGCCAGCUCUCCAGAGAGAAAAGAUCUGCCGGAGGCGCUGGGCAAUGACCCCGGGACUCCAGGCCAGAGGGGUCUGAAGCUGUUUGGGAAAGCAGCGGGACUCCUUGGGAAGAUGGCCAUGGCCCCAAGCCCUUCCCUGGUGCAGGUGUACACCAGCCCCGUGGCUGUGGCCGUGUGGGAAUGGCAGGACGGGCUGGGCACCUGGCACCCCUACAGUGCCACUGUCUGCAGCUUCAUCGAGCAGCAGUUUGUCCAGCAGAAGGGCCAACGUUUUGGGCUUGGGAGCCUGGCCCACAGCAUCCCCUUGGGCCAGGCAGACCCCUCGCUGGCCCCUUACAUUAUUGACCUCCCCAGCUGGACCCAGUUCCGCCAGGACACCGGCACCAUGCGGGCUGUGCGGAGACACCUGUUCCCCCAGCACUCAGCCCCUGGCCGAGGUGUCGUCUGGGAGUGGCUGAGCGACGAUGGCUCCUGGACCGCCUAUGAAGCCAGCGUCUGUGACUAUCUGGAGCAGCAGGUGGCCAGGGGCAACCAGCUCGUGGACUUGGCCCCCCUGGGGUACAACUACACUGUCAACUACACCACCCACACGCAGACCAACAAGACUUCCAGCUUCUGCCGCAGCGUGCGGCGCCAAGCAGGGCCGCCUUACCCGGUGACCACCAUCAUCGCUCCGCCGGGCCACACAGGCGUCGCCUGCUCUUGCCACCAGUGCCUCAGUGGCAGCAGAACUGGCCCCGUGUCAGGCCGCUACCGCCACUCCAUGACCAACCUCCCUGCAUACCCCGCCCCCCAGCAUCCCCCACACAGGACCGCUUCUGUGUUUGGGACCCACCAGGCCUUUGCACCGUACAACAAACCCUCACUCUCCGGGGCCCGGUCUGCGCCCAGGCUGAACACCACCAACCCCUGGGGCGCAGCUCCUCCUUCCCUGGGGAGCCAGCCCGUCUACCGCUCCAGCCUCUCCCACCUGGGACCGCAGCACCUGCCCCCAGGAUCCUCCACCUCCGGUGCAGUCAGUGCCUCCCUCCCCAGCGGUCCCUCGAGCAGCCCGGGGAGCGUCCCUGCCACUGUGCCCGUGCAGAUGCCAAAGCCCAGCAGAGUCCAGCAGGCGCUCGCAGGCAUGACGAGUGUUCUGAUGUCAGCCAUUGGACUCCCUGUGUGUCUUAGCCGCGCACCCCAGCCCACCAGCCCUCCCGCCUCCCGUCUGGCUUCCAAAAGUCACGGCUCAGUUAAGAGAUUGAGGAAAAUGUCCGUGAAAGGAGCGACCCCGAAGCCAGAGCCAGAGCCAGAGCAGGUCAUAAAAAACUACACGGAAGAGCUGAAAGUGCCCCCAGAUGAGGACUGCAUCAUCUGCAUGGAGAAGCUGUCUGCAGCGUCUGGAUACAGCGAUGUGACUGACUGCAAGGCAAUCGGGCCCCUGGCUGUGGGCCGCCUCACCAAGUGCAGCCACGCCUUCCACCUGCUGUGCCUCCUGGCCAUGUACUGCAACGGCAAUAAGGAUGGAAGUCUGCAGUGUCCCUCCUGCAAAACCAUCUAUGGAGAGAAGACGGGGACCCAGCCCCAGGGAAAGAUGGAGGUAUUACGGUUCCAGAUGUCGCUCCCCGGCCACGAGGACUGCGGGACCAUCCUCAUAGUUUACAGCAUUCCCCAUGGCAUCCAGGGCCCUGAGCACCCCAAUCCCGGAAAGCCGUUCACUGCCAGAGGGUUUCCCCGCCAGUGCUACCUUCCAGACAACGCCCAGGGCCGCAAGGUCCUAGAGCUCCUGAAGGUAGCCUGGAAGAGGCGGCUCAUCUUCACAGUGGGCACGUCCAGCACCACAGGUGAGACGGACACCGUGGUGUGGAACGAGAUCCACCACAAGACAGAGAUGGACCGCAACGUUACGGGCCACGGCUAUCCCGACCCCAACUACCUGCAGAACGUGCUGGCUGAGCUGGCUGCCCAGGGGGUGACCGAGGACUGCCUGGAGCAGCAGUGACCUCGCACCCCAGCACGCCCGCCUCUGGUGGCCACCCCGCUGCCCCGUGGCUGGCUGGGUGGCCAGGCAGGAAGUGCCCAGCCCGAGAGGCUGGGAGGUUUGUUGAGGGUAUGGGGUGUGCCCCACCUGAAGCCAGGGCUCCCCCUGCCUGCCUCUCUCUCCUCCUCCCCUCUGGGAAUUGGGCAGCCCUGGGCAGUUGUACUCAUGGGGGCUUAAGAUGCAGCUACCUCAGUGCGCAGGGCCCGUCCUCUGGGGGCUGCUUCGGGCCUGCGGUGCUCGGGGCCUGGCAUGGGGCGAGUAGAGACUUCCCCAGCCUGGACGGGCGUGGGUUCUGGGUCAGCUUCUUUUACCUCAAUUUUGUUUGCAAUAAAUGCUCUAUAGCCAAAGCCA